CAUCAGUAGACAAUCGAGAGCGUUCCAGUCAAGUGAAUUCCAAAUUCGUUCGUCAACAUGUUUAAGUUUGUUCUGGUUCUUGCGCUGGCUGUGGCUGUUUGCGCUUCGUGGGAAGGAGGACAUGAUGGUGGUCACGGAGGUCAUCACGAGCAUCACGAUUACCAUUCGCAUCCCAGCUAUAAGUUCGAGUACGGAGUGAAGGAUCAUAAAACGGGAGAUCACAAGAGCCAGUGGGAACAUCGAGAUGGAGAUGUGGUCAAGGGAGAGUACACCCUGGAUGAAGCUGAUGGAACCAAACGAAUUGUGCAAUACACCUCGGACAAACAUAACGGAUUCCAGGCUCAUGUGACCCGAGUUGGUCAUGCCAAUCACCCACAGGUGUAUCACCAUCAUCACGAGGCAGGACAUGGAGGACACGGAGGAUUCGAAGGACAUGGUCAUCAUGGCCAUGGUCAUGCCAGCAGCUACGCCAACUCGAACCUGCAUUCUCACCAUCAUCACUAAAUUGGACUGACGACUCACUGAUCUCUCUUGUUUCAAUGUUAAAAUUGAACGUUCUUCUGUAAAUAAAAAAUUACUUUCAUUCUUCAACAUAUCGCUUGUUUCUUAAAAUUGAUGCCGUUAUGAGUCGAGCCUCCAACUUCGAAACCUUCUGUAUUAUCUAACCAGUGCAUCAGUGCUCGUCAACCAUUGAACUUGUGUCCAAUCGACGACAACCACAGAGAGACAAAAAUGUGGAAGUUUCUGAUGACAUUGGCACCACUUUUAAUAAUGGCAAUUUUUAAAACUUAUACCCGUGUCGAUGGCUGUGGUAUUUUCGUUGCUGCUGCAGUUUCGUCUAUUCGUCAACCAGCCCAAGGUGA